UCUUGGUAGCACCUCUCGCGCUAAGGUUUUUUUUUCCCUAGAUGCCAGGCAAGGGAGAUUAGGGUGGGGACUCACGUGACCAGAACAGGUGGGGGAAAUGAGGUGUUCUGGGUCAAUUGCAAGUGAACGAAAGAACCGUUUAAGAAUGAACUGGAAAUCUAGAGUCUUUGCAACUGCUGUCCAGUCUCCUUAGCGACAGAGUGCCUCGUAGCCGUUGACCAUGUCUUUUGAGCUUCUUACCCGCAAGUUAGAGCUGAAUAGUCCCCUGGAGGAGAAAGCGCUAUCAUAUUUGGAAAAGCAUCGCAUCUUGGACUUGGUAGUUAAUAUCACCACCAGUGUCCUCUUUUCCCGCCCAGAUAAACCAAGAGAAUUUUUGUUAAAUUUGUUAGCACGAAUAAAGAUUGCGAAAAUAACCUCUGUGGACUUUCCUUAUCUCAUGGAGGACUCUAACUUGAAUUCCAUGUUUGAAGUAAUGGACCCUACAAAUCAGGGUUUUAUAACUAAUGUUCAGUUCAGAGAAGCACUACAUACCCUUGGUCUGCUCAGUCCAAAUGAAGAAUUAUCUGUGGAGGAAAUCAUUACUAGGGAAAAAUUCAAGCAAGAAGUGAAUAAGAGGACCCACAAGAUAUGGGAAGAUUUCUAAUACCCUGGAUCCAGAACAAUAAAAAAGUUCCUAUAGUUUGUUUAUACACUUUAGAUACUUAAAUGCAUUUCUCUCUAAAGAUUGAAGUGUUUUCCCUAAAAUGUAAUAAGUUAAAUAUGUUAAUUAAAUUAUUAAAAUUGUUAAAAUGUCACAGAAAA